AUGGAUAAUACAGAUUAAGUAAACUUUACUUUAUUAGAUUUUAGUCCAUAUCAGUUGAUGAAGAAUUUUGUGAUAAAAAUCUAUUUAAUCACUAUCAAAAAACGAGAAGAGAAAAUACAAAAUAAAAUCCAAAAAUUCAUCUUUAAGACUAUUAACUUAAUACUAUUAACAGAUAUCAUAUAGGAUAUCUAGAUCAUCCUCACAUUAAAUCUAGUAAAAUUAUAAUCCCUAAUAAAUACGAGCUCAAAACAUUUCAAUCAAUAAGCUUCAAUUAAAAAAGCACCACUUGUAGAAGCCAGUCUGUUAGGAACUCGAAAAAACUAAAGAGCCUCUCAACAGAAAUUCGACAGUUUUAGAUUUAAAGUCCAAAAAUAUGUUUUUUCAGAGGCAGUCAGGCUUAGGUAAACUUAAGCCGAUCGUACAAAAAUAAAUGCUAGUAAAUCCAAUCUCUUAGACAUAAAGAUUAACUACUAAAAAAAAUACAGAAACCCCUGUUAUUGAAGUAUGCAGCAAUAAUUUUACUGAACAAAAGCCAGCGUCUUUUCGUUAUAAUGAUCUACAAUUAAGUCAAUAUUUAGAAGAAUUUAAAUUGCUAAAGUAAGAAACUCUUACAAAUGUGAUAUUACCUCAUAUCUCAUAUAAAACAAAUAGAAACUAAAAUAAUCACACUUAAACAACAAAUAGACAAUAAACUAAUAAUAAUUAUUAUAAUAGUAUACUUUAAAAAAAUAAAGUUAAAUAAAGAUAAACUCAUAUAGAAUCAUAAAAACAGAACCUAACUCUAAGUGGAUGGAGUGAUUAUUCAAACAAAUGA